CGUUCCAAGAUGAAGCUCUCCGUUAUAAUUCUGUUCAGCCUCGUGUCCGCAGCCCUCUGCUACGAGGAGCCUCUGCGCUACUACCACGAGAACGUGGGCAUCCCAGAGGCAGCUCGCAUUAAGCAGGCGGAGGAAGCUGUAGACUUUGACGGCUCCAGGAUUGUGGGAGGCUCUGCGGCCAACCUCGGCCAAUAUCCUUACUUGGGAGGUCUUAUUAUAACCUUGACGACCGGUGCACAGUCCGUCUGUGGCUCCUCUCUGCUGACCAACACUCGUCUGGUGACGGCCGCUCAUUGCUGGUUCGAUGGCAGGAACCGAGGUCGUCAGGUCACCGUCGUGUUGGGCUCCGUACGCCUCUUCUCCGGCGGCACUAGGAUCAACACGCCCAACGUUCAAAUGCACGGCAACUGGAACCCUUCCACAAUCGCCAAUGACGUUGCUGUUAUCUCAAUUAACCACGUGGGCUUCUCCAACACGAUCAACCGCAUCAACCUGGCGACCGGUAGCGCCAACUACGCCGGUACCUGGGCUCAGGCUGCUGGAUUCGGACUCACAGCUGACAAUGCCGGUAUCACCACGAACCAGGUCCUGAGCCACGUCACCCUGCAAGUUAUCACCAAUGCCGUGUGCAGAGGGACCUUCGGUACCAGAAUCCGCGACUCGACCAUCUGCACCAGCGGAGCCAACGGCCGCAGCACCUGCCGCGGAGACUCCGGCGGCCCGCUCUCCAUCUCCAGCGGCGGACGGCGCCUGCUGAUCGGCAUCACCUCGUUCGGUGCUGCUUCCUGCCAGCGCGGCUUCCCUGCUGCUUAUGCCAGAGUUACGUCCUUCGCUUCCUGGAUCAACUCCAGACUUUAA